AUGGCGCGGCGCCUAGCGGGGCAGCCCCCUCAUCCGCGAGCGCCCUGCGGACAGACGGCAGGCCCACUGAGCGCGCCCGGCCACGGCUCAGGAGCCGCACACCGCGGCGGGCCCCGGCCCGGGGCAGCGGGGGCGCCGCUCCUGGAGCAUCCGGGACGCGCGGCCGCGCCGGAAAUGAGGCGCGCCCGGAAGUGGGACGGCGCCCGGAAAUGGCCGCUGGGCGGUAUCGUGGUGGAGGAAUCCCUGGUGGACUCCAGGGCGUCCGCGUCCCACGUCCAGCUUGCUUGCUGCAGGCGGCACCGUGCUUUCCCUUUGGGUGGAAAUGCACUUUGCAUCUGGAGCACGGAGGGCCCGUCCCACCAGCUUCUGAUCCUAAAAGGACACCAUCAGCCAAUUACUGCCGUGGCAUUUGGGAAUAUGGCAAAUCCACGUCUCGUCUGUUCUGCAUCACAAGAGUAUGUUAUCCUGUGGAACCUGGAUGAAUGCAGAGAGAAAGUACUUGAAAGGCUCCUUCCUCGAGGGGCUGUCCUGGGCACCCUUUUGGGAAAGGUGCGGUGUUUAAGGUUUAGUCCCGAUGACCGUGUGGCUGCCGUGUGUGCUGGAAGUAAAGUCCUCACACUGGACACUGAGCCCGUCUUCCUUCACCGUGUCUCCCAGAGCCGGUCCAAACUAGCUGUGCUGGAGGGGCACCGGGGCCCAGGGACCGCGGCCGAGUUUUGUCCUUGGCAGACACACUGCGUCAUCUCCGUGUCCAAAGACCGAAGCUUCAGGGUGUGGGAAUGGGUGCUAGACCCCUCCCUGCUGCUCGGUCUCUUCCUGGACCAGCGCAGCCGACAGCUGGUCACUGGCUGUGCGGACGGCCAGCUUUGGAUCUUCAAUUUGGUUGAAGGACACCACUAUCGCUGUGUGACACACGUGGACCUGAGGAGGGAGAAGAGCGUCUCCAGCAGGAGGGCUGGGUCCCAGCCUCGCAGCCAGCCGGGUGACACCGCAGACCCUCCUGGAGCAGCAGGGCAGGGGGAGAGGAAGCAGGCAGCUCGGGUCCUGGGACCAGGCAGCUCUGGCAGAGGAGGCUCGAAGGCGCCCGAGGUCACGGCCACCGGCCCCUCCCACGUGGACUGGGGACACUCUGCCCUGAAACUGAGGCUGGGGAGGAAGACCCUCCAGUGUUUUCUCUUUUUCUUACAAAUCAGACUUUCUUCUGAGAAGGCCCACUGCCUGUGGAUCAGGAGUGCGACCGGCCUGUUCAUAGUUAACUUGGCGAGCUUUGACCCGGAAGCUGUUCUACGUUCCAGAGUGACCGACUUCCUCAGUGAGGUCUUGGCGUGGGGGCUCAGUGACCCGCGGGGUCCCUGCGGCCAUGGCUCCACCAGCAGGAGCUCUGAGCAGCGCUGCGGCGCCCGGCGGCCUGUCUCUUGUUCCUGGUCGGUCAUGGUCAAGGCAUGUGUGCUUGUUCCACAGGCCCUCUGCUUGCUCACAUCCCUGUUUGGGAAGAAGGUCGCCCUGGUGGAGAUCGACCCCACCACCCUGCUGAGGUCUCAGCGGCGCUGCGACGUGGGCAGGAGUCUCUCGGUGCUGCCGAGCUCCUGCGUCUCACCCACCUCUCCGCUGUGUCCUGGUCGUGUGGAGGAGAGACGCGCCGAGCAGGCGAGCGGGAGGCCGCCCGGUGAGAGUGACGCGCUCGGACCCAGACGGGCACGGCCGUCCCUCGUCCGAGCUGCCGGCAUGUGGGUCGGCCCCGCUGCCUCGCGGGUCCCCGCGGGUGGGAGUGAAGGUUCAGCGCAUCUUCCCUCACUCCGUCUUGUCUGCCUCUCGCGUGUUUCCACACAGUGUUUGUGGCGGGGAGGGUCUGCUUGGAGCGCCAUGAAGGACCACCCCCUGGUUUUCCACAGUCAGGUCUGGUCGUCCGGGUACGCGGCCGCCCCGCGCCCUGUGCUGCACCCCCCUCCCAACCCCUGCCUCCCUGAGGCUGCCCGGGGGCUCCUGCAGGUGGCCCGCCUCUGCUCCUGGGGUCCAGGAGGGAGACAGCGGCUGGCCUGUGGCUUAGCCGACCACUCCCUGGUCUUUGAUGCUGACCUCAUGGGGACGCCUGCUGUUUUUUCAGGUCACGGCGGGGCCGUGAGCACCGUGUGCUGGAGCCACGACGGCAGGUGCUGCUGUCCGCCCCUCCCAGGACGGGAGCUGAGGGUGUGGCCGGCCCGCGGGACGGAGCUGGCGCUGUGUCUGGCAGUGGCGACCCCGCGGAGGCUGCCCGACGUGCAUGCAGCGUGCUUUUACAGUAGAGUGACAGUGUCUGUUGUCCUAUUAGUGAUACUGUCAAUUUUAGAAAGUCGGGAAGAAGAAAUGAAAAUGGUGAACUUGUUCCAGCAAAGUACAUCUGUCAUUCAGAACAAACGGCAUCUGGUCUGGGGGGGUCGCGGUCAGCGCAGUGGCGCCCCGUUGACGGGCAUCGCUGGUGAUUACUGGUUUGCACUGCAGGGCAAAGACCAGCUUCCUCUGCCCGUUCGGUCGGUGCAGUUUUCCUGCGUGGACACGUACACCUUGUUGUCCGCGGGCCCCGAGCUUCAGCUGCUCGAGUGUCACUUCGACACCCGCAAGGACGACAUGAAGAGGCACAGACGGAGGAGCAGCGGCACGCCUGUCUUCCGGCUCGCCGUGACCGACGCGGGAGAGAUCACCGGUUUAUCGGCAGCGAACGGCUUUCAUUCCUACCUGGUGCUGGCUGCCGGGUGGAGCAGGGCCCUGCAAGCCUUCGACCUUGACGCCGGCUGCAGCGCCGCGCUGGUGGCCGCAGCCCACUCGCGUCCUGUCCACCAGAUCUGCUGGAAUACAGGAUCAUCAUUUGCAACACGACCACCCCAGGCUUACAAUCUUUUUGCCAACACAGCCGUUGGUGACGGGAUAAGACUGUGGGACCCGAGGACCCUGCAUCCUGGUGUCCAUUUUCUUCCUUGUAGGUGCGAGCACCGCUGCUUCCCUUUUGGAAUUGCUUUCAGCCCUUGUGGCCGGUACGUGGCGAGUGGCGCCGAGGACACACACGCGUACGUGUACGAGACGGGCUGCAGCACCUUCUCCUGCAGACUCGCAGGAAACUCAGACACGGUCACCGCUCUGGCCUUAGGCCCGUCCGCCGCCCAGGUAUGGCCCCGGCUCAGGGAGCCUGACGCAGAGCUUCUGUCUCCGCCACCCUGCGUGUUGGUGAGGUUUGAUGAUCUUUGAGGCUGCGGGCCAGCUCUCCAUGAGAGCCGGGGGUGGAGCUGAGAAAUGAGCCCUCCCGGGGACAGGGAACCAGAGCGUGUCCUGCGAUGGCAGCAUCAUUGCUCGGCCGGUGCACAUCUGCUGGACUGCCCCGCAGGAGAGCAAGGGGUGCCCGUGGGGUCUGCUACACAGCAUGCCUUCCACUUGUGCUGAGUGUUAGAGAAACGGAUCAGCGAGGCUGUGAUGUCACAGUGCCCCUGGGCGUCGCUCGGCCUCCUUGUCUCCGCCCGGUGCACCCCGACCCUGACCGGCGUGUCGGUCCUCUGCUGCGGGGCACGUGGGUCGGCGUUUCCUCCCCUGGUGCUGAGCUGUGCACUCUGCGUCCCUUGUCCCCGGAUGAGGCCACGCUGCGUGGACCGCAGUGUGCCUGCCUUUCUUAAUCACUAGUACGUGCUGCUGUUAGCUAACUUAAAUCUUUUUAGUGUGUUUCUUGAAAUUGUUGCAUUCCUCUUUGGAGCCUUGACUGACACACGGGCAGUAGCACUGAAGCGUGGUUGUGACUGACAGCCGGAGAGGAGAGCCAGCUCAGGAGGCCAGGCAGGUGCGUGCGGGGCGCUGGGUGCCGGACGUGCAGGUGAAACACUGAAAAUUCAGUACCGGCUUCAAGGUAUCUUUUAGCAGAGCUGAACUGAGGGACGUUUUCAGUACUUGAAAAUUUUCAGUUAGAGAAAGUGUGUAGGUCUCCCUGCCACUGCGGUUCCCUUAGUGAAUAAAGGGGGGCUGAGCCAGGGAGGGAGGCCGGGGAGUGGGCGGCUCCUGCAGCCCCUCACCCCGGAGGCUGAGAAGCCACUCAGGCCUGAACGAGCGCUGCCGCUCCCGGCUGUUCUGUGAAACUUGGCAGUUUUAGGGACGAUGAUCAGAGAACCUAGUGCUAACUGUCUCUGUAACUAGGGGUUUCUAACAAAAAACCCCAUUCUUCCAGAGUUCUGUGCUCAGUCUGGUCGCAUCAGCAGGGUCCCCGUGGAGCAGCAGCACGCCUUCAGCGGCAGGCGCGCCGUGCGGCCAGGGCCUUGCUUUCUGGCGCUGUGUUUCCUGACCUUAGGGGAGCCCAGCGUCCUCGUGCUUCCCUUGUAGAGCAGAGGGCUCUGCCUUGUGGAAUCUCUGUGCGCCUGGCACUAACGGUUAAAAUUGUGCCCAUAGAGUGAAAUACCAGACUCAAGCUUUGGUUUUAAAACAUCUGUUAAAUCAUCCGUCCAACAAUGAUUUGACAUUUCUGCUUGUAGAAGACGACCCCUCUGAGUUAAUCCAGGCGUAUUAACAUCUCAGACGCACGUUCAAGCACAGGGGACCGAGGAGGUGGUUCACGUUACACUGUGAGGUUUCUGCAUCUUGGGUUGAUGAUACCUCCCAGGAGGGCAGGAUGGUAAAGGCGUGCAAGGACUGGGUUUGCAGUGGCCAGGGGAGGCCAGCAAGUCAGACCGCAGGUGUGGCACCCCGGGGGCGGUUACACUUAGCAGAUUCGCGGGUCUGGGACGUGGGUCUGGGACUCUGAGUCGGCAGAUUCAGUUCUACAGCCGCUGCCCUCCCCCUCGCUC